AGGGACGAAAAGGGAGAGCCGGACGAGGUAUUGGUGCGCGUGUCUUUCGGCGACAACGCGUACGAACUGAACGUGUGCAGGACCCGAAAAAGGUGACAGAUUACGGGGAAGGUUUGCUGGGGCCGAAAAAACUGGCCGGUACUUUCGGCUGUGUGCCUCCCUCGGUUAAAAAUAUUCGCGCACAGCGGUGCAGGAUGUCAGCGUUGCGGAUUUAGAAGAGACAAACGUAACCUUCUCGCAGGCUGGACGCCGGGAUCGAUCGUAAUACAGUCUUCUUAACAGCCGGCUGACACUGGCCCGAAGACAUGGAUUACCGGUCUAUUGGCACCAGGUGCGAGGAUGAUUGCUUGGAGAACGAGAAAGGAAUCGGUUUUGCGAACGAGCAUAAGGGCGCGUCGAAACGUGGCGGCUCGCAUACGCGCGGCACGGCAAUGUCCUUUGGCUUUCGACGAAGACCGGCCUCCGGGAUACCGAUGCCGAUAACGAGCUAUACCACCGAAUCGAGCAUGCUGCAUCCACGGUCGAAAUCGGCCGGACCAGAACAAAAUCGUAGACGGGAUGACGACACCAGUCAGACGAUUCAUAAUUCGUCAUCCGGCAGAUCGACACCGCGGCUCGCUCCGCCCAAGAAAGAAUCCAGCGGGAUUGCCGUUAGGACGAAUCGUUUCGGGUAUCGGCAGUCGCAACCGAAAUUUACCAACAAAGUCAGCGACAUUUGCAGCAGUCACACGGUGAGCCAUUACAAUCAGGAGAAGCUACAACAACACCAGCAACAAGAGGGUUUCGUGAAACAGCCGCACAGGGUAGCCCAAGUUUCGAACGUGCCGCAACCGACGAAAGUGAAGUCGUCACCAGUACAUAAUACCGUUUCGUAUAACAAUGCUAAUACUAUGCACACGGACGCAAAUCGCAGAGUAUCAGGCAUUCCAGAGCCAAUCGGCAGGUAUACUCUGCACGCCAGACACCUGCCUCUACCUCAGUACGCUGUAAGAAUGACCGAUACGAAUUCGAAGGUGGCGAAAACCGCAGCGAAUCAAAGCAGAAAGGUGUCCGCGGCGUCGAAGAGUUCGACGAGCUCGAAGGAGGGCUCGAGCACGGAAGAUUCCGGUGUCGGAAGUCAGCUAGGUUGCACGGGCGAGAGCGAUUCGAGGGGCGUAGAUUAUACGGAUGGAUCUUUAACAAGAAGGCGUGGUAUAGGCAGAUCUAGGAAUUUGAGAAUGGUCGUAAAUGGAAAAAGUUUCGAUGUUAGGGAUGUAAGGGACGACGAUAGCACGGUCACCGAGAUAUCUGUUAUACCGUUGCCAAAAACCUUCAUCGCGGCCAACACCGGCCUGGUACGAGAGAGAACCACGCAAUAUCAAAGGAUCGUAAAUAAGGACAAUAGGUAUAUCGAAUCUACGACGUCCAUGUCUACCACCUCAUCAGAGGGUUACGACGAAGGAUUAGGCGAAGAGAAAGUUUACAAAGACAGAUCACAUUCCGAGAAGAUUCCUUCUAUUAAGUCAGACUUCAGUCCACCGAGUUCCGAUGACCCUGAAUACGGUCAUGGAGAAGCUAUGGCCGACGAGUAUUCGUUGAGCUCGAGCGACGAAUGUCAACGUUCUAUGUCUGUACAACACAUGCAAACUUCAUCUUCGAGUAUGUCUAAGUCUGGAACGCUCCCAAAAACUCCAUUGCGUUCCGUGCUUCUUACCAUCGAAGAUCCUGCGUUCGCCGCAGUUGCGGCUACGUCAACAACCCUUAUAGAUGACGAAACCUCGCCUGUUGAUAGUCUUUUCGACAGUCUCACGGCCAGUAUUACUCAGUCGGACACGAAAGCUCCAAAAAGAGAGAACGCGAUGGAACAAUCUGGCACCGUUAUAGACGAUGAUAGUCCUGGAACGCCGACCAACGCCUCGAAUUCGUUAAGCUUAUCGGAGGGCAGAGAGUUUUUCGAUGAUGAGAUCGCUGAUCAACCUGGGCUUGUUUUUGACGAUUCGAGGGCUGGCGCUGAAACACAAUCUGCUAUGGCUAGUCAAGUCGUCACUGAGAACAGUCACACUCUGGUCGAGUCUAGUCCUAAAACAGGCACUGGACAUGGAAAAAACGCAACCAACAGCCCUCACCAUGGCAAACGAAUAAGUCGAGCUGGCAGCGUCGACACUUUAUCUCCUUGUGAAUCUAUCGCUUCUGAUGAUUUGAUAUUGGACUACGAACACAGCGAUGCGAGCUCUUACGAAGAGAAUCAACAUCGAAUGGAGACAGGCACGGCAUUGCAAGAUAUGGAUAACGCUACAAUUCUUUCCGAAUUGGAGGCUCAAGGCGAAGAAGUGAUGAGGCAAUGGAGCUCUUUAUUGAAUACGUGUCAAACGUUACAAGAAACUAAUGACUCCAACACAAUUAACAACAACGUGAACAGUGGAUCGACCAAUAAUAAUAUUCAACCAGCCAACGAAAUAGGGAACGACUGCGACAAGACGACAAAGGUUUGGCGAAAUAAAUCCGUGACCGAUUCACCACGUUCCAUAGAUAGUACACGUAAUCGUCAAUUUUCCAGUCCUUUGAGAAUAUCGAGAAACAUCCAAUCACCGAAUCUCGACUCCGGGGAUGAAGGGAGCCUACGAGUUGAUCGCGAUACCUACCAACACAUGUUUCAAGACAUUGGUUCGAUAAAAACAAUGCUCCUGAAAUUAAAACGGGUACUUCAGGAGUCAGAAGAGAACGGUUUGACGAGGGCAGAAACUCUCAACCCAUUCGAUAAUGCUAUGAAGAAUGGUCUCUUCUACAACCUGAACGAAGUUGGUACCGCGGAUGUGAGUACCUCUCCGGGUAGUGGUGGUAGCAGUAUCGCGGAUGAAUUGGCCGAUUUACGUAGGCAGGUUGUCUUUCUGCAAGGCCAAGUAGAGGAUAGAGAUCGAACGAUACAAGUACUACAGUUCCAAAUAUCGAAACUUCAAGGGCCUAAUGGCGAUGGUCAAACAUGCGCUUUAACCAGUAAUCACAAAAAUCUUUCUUCCCCGAAUACGUGCAACGCUGCGACGCAAACAGAGAAGACACGUCCAGUGUCAGCAGGAUCAUCACUCCUGCAAACACUCCCACAGGAAGAUGUUAUGGGACCUCUAGUUAGAUGGAGUGAUUCUGGGGAUCGACAGCGUCCUCCAUUGCUCGGAGAGCUUAACGGUAACAGAAGCCCACGUAAGUCAACCGAUCGUAUACCACGUACAAUAAAAUGUCGUCAAGAGGAAACCUCGCAUCGUCAAAAUGGGCAUACGGAUAAAUUGCCGGCAGAAAGCCCUUCGAACAAGAAAACUAUCAAACCGAAAGACACCAAAUCCACCGAAUCGAACGACAAGGAACAACAUGAUAUAAAAAGGGAAGAGAAUCCCGUGAAAUCGUGUAUUCCGACGGCUAGAAAACCUGCGACAUCGACUCUAAUACCACGGUCAGCGAGGACCUUAACUUCAACAGGCCGACCGCACAAUACGUAACUACUUUAUUUUAAAAAGGAAUUUUAGUUCAUAUUCGCGUGAUCGCGAAGAUCUGCUCAGAUAGCUUGAUAAUUUUAUUUAUAGCUAAAUGAAAUUAUUGCCGCCGAUUCGUAGCAGGCAUGUUGCUACUAUGUGAUAACUAUAUAUAAUCUAGGUGCAUUUUUGUUUUAGUUUCAGCAUUGAAAAAGAUAUUUCGUUAUCAUUUUACAAAAUUUUUUAUUGUAUUUUCACAAAUAACCAGAAAAUUGUUAGCGUUCGUUACGCGUAAACUGCAAAAAUAAUGUACAAAUUAUAUGUUGAGAGUUAAGGGCAAUUCAUAAGUUCCUAUCAUUUAAAGUUCACGUUUCAUUUGAUUUUCUCACAUCGCAUAUAGAAACUAUCACCAUGGUUCAUUCUACGACAUUUCAACAAGAUCAUUGAGUUGUACACAUUGUAAAUUAUUAAUUACUUUCUAUCUGACUAGGUUUAAAGGUAUACAUUCAUUAUGUCAAUGUAUAGCUUUAACUUUCAUUUAGAGAAUACUUUGAGUAAUGUUUGUAAUAUUGUAAAAAGUAUCCGUUUAUCUUGUUGCGUACACUCUUAUGAGAUCUCAUGUGAGCAUUAGUCACAGUUUUAUUGGAUACAAAAGUUAUAGUAAUUAUUUAUUUAUGUUCAUGAUAAUUGACGAUAGUUGUCUAUGAAAGCUUUGAUCGUUAAAGAAAUAUGUGAAUUCUGCAGCUUUUAUUUUUCAUUUUGAUAUCUUAAAAAUUAAUACUUAAAGUACACUUAAAUGCAGCAAAUACAUACAAAACAUAUAAUCAGUCUUGUGAAAUUAUCAUAAUUACACUAUAUGUAUACUACAUAUGGUGUAUGCUAUAGCAUUGUACAGUAAUUUAUUACAUAUGUGGUUAUACUGCAUGUAUGUUACAUACAGUGUAUACUAUAGUGCAAUACUAUUGCCAUUACAGCAUAUGUUAAUUACAUUACAGUGUAAUAUUGUAGUGUAAUAUUUUUAAAGUGUACAUUAUAUUCUUUUACAACUAUUGUACUUAGAGUAGAAACACAAGAUAAAGGAUUAAUCAUUGUAACAAUUUAUGUCCUAUACAGACAUAAAAGCUUUGAUUUUAAAUAUAACAAACAUUGAUCUUGAUUGCAAAAUUUUUAACGAACGAACUUAAUCUUUUUACAUUAUUUUUUAUUUGAUGUACAAAUAUUUGAUGUCAAAUAAUAGCCUUUAAUCGGCCCUGAUAUCAACAGUAAACCACAAUUAUCAAAAUCAGGAUAAUUUUAUAGAAUUUUUUUACGACUUAUGUUACUUAUAAUUUAUUCCAUAGCUGAUUUGUAAGAUUAUAUUUGGUGCUAUUACAUUUUUUAAUUUACAAUUUAAUUUAGAUCUAAUAUUUAGAGUCUCCUGAUUCAUUGAACAAAAAUAUAAAGUAUUUAUAAAAUCAUUUUUUCAUGUGAUUAGUUAAGAAGAAAAAAGAAAAUUAUGAAAUAACAAUGUAACUAAUAUAAAUAAAAUAAAUAAGACAAUAAAUAUUGCUAUAAAUGAUUGGUAAACAUGUAACAAUUUUAUAGAAUUUAGUUCAUAAUAAAUUAAUUAUAUGAUGAUUAUGCAUAUCGUACUGUUUCAUUAAAAACAAAAAAUUUAUUUACAAAAUUAUUUGACAUCAGGGGAUGCUAAAUAUCUCGUAUAUAUAUUGUACAUUUUUUAUUUGUUCUUUAAUUUGUAAAAUGCUAUAAUAAUAAAAAGAAAUUAAGGGCAUAAAACAAUUUUUUAUAUGCAAACAAUACUGAAUUUAAUAUAUGUCACCUACAUAAUGAAAGACAGGAAAAUAUCAAUAUAUAUAUAUAUAUGUAAACAUAUUGCAGUAGACAGAAUAUUUUUAAAGCUACAGACUGACUACUACAAAAUAAUGUUACUUCUAAAAUAAUUACAGAUGUUUUGAUUAUUUUAAUUAUUAAUAUGUUUCUGUUGGAAUGAUUGAACAAAACCUUUUAUUGAAUAUACUUGAUCUAAUAAUAAAGAUAAUUUUAUUAAAAAUCAUUUUUCUAAAUUUAAAGUGAAGUUAUUUACUGAUCUCUAAAGUAAAAGUUUUGUGAAGGGAAAGUACAAACUUUGUAUUUUUUUAUCACUGUCUUUCUCAUCUUUAAUAUCUGUAGUAUUAUUAUUUAUAUUUAUAUUCUGUUUUAUAUUCUGUUUUGUAUUAUCAAUCAUUUAUCAAAUUUUCAGUUCUCUCUCUAUUAUUUAAUAUUCUAUGUGACAGUACAAAUAUAUUUAUGUAAAAUCUGAGAAAUUUGUGUUUAUACAUUUCUACCCAUUUUUGCUGGAACUUCGUUAACUUCCGUAUAAUUUUAUUUCAUAAAUUAACAUAAAUAUACAGUAUAAUUUUUUUUAAUUUAAUAUUACUUCAAUGUAUAUAUGCUUUUACUAUAUUAAUCUAUAUAUCUUCCAAUUAAAAACAUUCCUAAGAUGUGGUGUAUUUAAGAAGGAAAUAAAUUAUUAACGACUUAAAGUGAUAACACCCAUUUAAUGUGGAAAUGUGUUAUACAUAUUUGCAAUAGAGCUAUCUACAGUGCUAGCAUUUUUACAUUCCCUCAUAUUUUGCAAAAUAUUUUUAGGAAAGAAACAACUUUUUAGCAAGAUGUAUCUUUGUGUAUUGAAUUCAACAGAAAUUUAACAAUUUGUAAUAUUUUGAAAUUAUUACAAAAUAAAAACAUUAGUUAAUUAACAAAUUAUGAAUGGCUUGCAAAUUUGUGUGUAAACACAAACUUUCUCCUUGCAAUUCAUUUGCAAUGUUAAAUCAAUUUUAAUUUCCUUCUUUUUAAUCAACUGUAAUUAUUGCUUUUCAAGAAUAUUAAAGUUUAUAAAAUUGAUAGAAAGAUUUCGCUAUGAUGUGAAAUUCCUUUGUAUUCAAUAAACUGAAUAUGACUAGAUUGUAGCAGAUUAUCAAAUAAACAUAAAUUUCUUUAAGCAAUGAUUUAAAUAAGUCACUAUAAGUACUGCUGUUCCUCGAUUGGGGUAGUAUUGUACUUAGAAAUGUAAAAUUUAAUCAUAAGCAUCUUUGAAUGUUUAAUAUUAAACAUAUGGCAGGCACAAAUCAACCUUGUAAGAUCUUUAAUAAAGUGUAAGUAGUAUCUGUCUUAUUUAAUAUUUGCAAAGUAAUAUACAUAUAUAAAUAAAAAAGCUUUCACUUGUAACUAAAUAGAAAUACUGAUAAUUUGCCUGUAGUAGAUAAACCUUAUUCUAAUUUGUAUAUUAUACUUAUGUAUAAAUAUAUUUUCUCUGUGGCCCUAAAUAUGAUAGGAUAAUAAAUAAAUAAAAUUAUGUUUGAA